AUGACCGCCCAUUUGAAUCCAGCCUCAACAAGCUCUGGGGGAACAAGAAUCCCUAGUACUGUAUCCAACAUUAGUUUAGAAUUUUCAGAAACUUCUAAAAUCGCACCACCAGAUUGGGAUCCAAGAUAUGAAGAAAGUCCACCUGAUUUACCUCAAAUCCCUAAAGAAUGGCUCUUUUCUACGGAUAUUUAUGAACCUCAUCAAUAUAGAUUGAUUGAUAAUCGUCAACAGGCUGCUAGACAUUCAUCUUCUGAAUCACCAAAUCGAUCAAACGAACUUGGACGUUCUUUACGUUCUCGAUUACGAUCUUCUAUUUCACCUAAAGCAGAUAGGAAUCGACAAAAAGUUAGAUAUGAAGGUGCUGAUGGUUUAUCAUCUCCUCAAGAUAGAAACUCAAGUCCAGAUCAAACCAAUCAUUCUAGACUCUCAACAGAUCGAUUACAUAGUUCUAUGGGUACGAUUCCAGAAAGUCGAAUGGAAUCCACAAGCAGUUGUGGAACUUCACCUAGCCCUGCUCCCACUCCUCCCUCUUCUCGUCUUCCGUUUGCGACCCUUCCUAGAUUGACGAUUGCACCGAGUCGUAAAAUCAGACCAAUGUCAUGGUCAGCAACACAUUCAAUGAGAAGUACUUCAAGAAGGACUUCAAUGUGCCAUACCCAAUCUUCAAUCCGCUCUGGUGACCCAAUUAGCUCAACCGAGUCCGAAUCACGUCACAGUUUUGGAGAUAGGGUUCAUAGCCUCUUAUCACCUAAACGAACAAACUUCCCAAGAUCAUCUGCUGCACCACGACCCUCGACGAGCCAGGGUGAUGAUAAUACCCGAGAUAUCAAUAGAUUUGGAACGAUAAUUACAAGAGCACCUUCACCUUCCCUUCUAAGAAACAAGUUAAGUUUGAAUAAAUCAACCCCACGACCAAAUCGAAUCGAAUCAUCUUCAACAUCAUCUUCAAUCGAUAUGAAUGGAAGAAAUGCUUCACUUACUGGUCAUGAAUCACAGAUUUCAACUUCAAAUCAAAAUAUCAAGACUAGUUUACCUGCUAUCACUUCGAAUUUAACGACCACCACGACCGAGACGAUUAAACCAACUAGGAAGAACAAGAACACUCUUGAGUCAUCUUCGACAACUUUUUCUUCGCCUCAACCACCACAACCAUUAAUUUUGAAUUUCUCAUUUUCACAUCAUCACCAUCUCAUUAAUCAUCAUAAUCAUCUUCAUAAUACUAAUAAUCUGACUAUCAAUACUAGUACCACUAAUACUAACAUUACCACUAAGAUUCCAAGUCAGUUAGAUUCUCCUUCAACUCAAUCUUCAUCAUCACUCUCUAACACAUCAACUUCAGUCAUAUCACCACCAAUCUCAGUCAACACUCCAACGACAUCAAGCUCACCAUUUCACCACUAUCCUUCCCUUUAUACUCCACCUUCAUCUCCUUUCAAUCAUCAAGCAAACACUUUAUAUUCUCAUCCAAAUCAAAACAUGCCUUUCAUCUCUCAUUCUCGUGUUCCUUCUUUUCCCUUUCGUCGUCGUCGCGUUUCUUCUUCCUCUUCUGCCCCUUCAGAUCCUAUCACCCCGAGUCCUACUUCAAUUGCUCCACCAAUCCCUCCACUUCCAUCUCAUCUCACUCACCUUUCAUCAAAAUCUCUCACUCAAUCUGACGAUCAACAACAACAUCGACAUUCUACGAAUCAGACUUCGACUUCAAAUACCUCUCAGUCUACUCACGAAGCAACUUUAUUACCACCUAAACCAGCUUUUCAAACUCGGGAACGCAGAUCUAGUAUGGAUUUCGCCAAACUGGGGGCAGCAAUGGCCAAAGUCAGACUCAGAGGCCGCAGUCACGAGCUUAACCACCAAGGCUCUCGCAACUCGUCUGAACAAACCUCUACCAACAAAUCAAAUUCAAAUCGCAAGAUAUCUGACCCCGCGAAUAACAAUUUACCAUGGGAUAACUCUCGGUCCAGUCUUCAUGCUGAAACAAGACUGCAACCCUCACCUGGACCUACUCCUCAAAUCGAUCUCACUCUACUAUCUCGAGAGAACUCUACUUCAGAUUCUUCACCAGAUUCAUCUCGGGCUCCAUCUAGCAGACCAACUUCUCGACUUCCAAGUCCGAACCCUCCUGCGCUGUCUUCGCCUCCUUCUGAAUCUCAACCGAUCAACCAUCCACAUUCACGUGAUAUCCAGCACGCCACCGGAAAUGAAUCGCACUUAUCCACCUUUAUCAUAUCUCACUCAUCAUCCUCAUCUCAAGGUCACUCUUCUGAAGCUGAUCAAGCGGCUACUCUCAAACUUGACCAGUCAAAUCCCAAUGACCUGCUUCAUGACUCCAACAGCAAGCGCGACGAGGACGCGCUCCCAUCUGAUCCUCUAUCUCACUCCAAUCUCUAUCCCCAAUCUCCGCUGCUUCAGCCAGCUUCAUCUAGCUCGUCUAUUGCUUCAUCAGAAGAAACACCCCUUGCCGUUAGGAUUCAGUAUAUCUCCACUUCACCCCCUCGGACACCUCCAAUCAUCACACAGUGUCCCAUUUCUUUUUCACGUACAUCUCCACCAGCUGCAAGCCCAACCCUUUGUCACUCAUCAAAACCACCUUCCUCGCCUUCGCCAAGCAACCAACUCAGAGAAAGCACAAGUAGUGCUAGUCUUCCCGUUGUGACUCUACCACCCCCGCGGCGCCCGCUGCCCUCGAGACUACGUACCUUACCACGACUUGACUCAUAUUGCCUCUCUCCAGCGACGCUGAUACCCGGUGUUAGACAAUUAUCCAACAUAUCUGACUCCAGUGCGGACCCUGAAUCAAGCAGUGCCGAUCAUGAAUCAGGCGAUGAUGCGCCUGCUGCCACACCUGAUCCGGAAGAAGAUGAUGAUGAGACCGAUGAUGAUGAAGAUACAUUCGAUGAUGAGGAGCACCCAAACCCGGCAGCAGAUCAGACAAUCACUAUGCCUAUGAGCUCUUUUCCUGUUCCAACAUCUGCGGAUACGUUACCCGUCAGACUUCAAGACUGGGUGACCUUCGAUGGCAGAUCACCUCCAACAACCUCUCUUUUUGCUCGUUCAGUUGGCAAUGCAAUCACUUCGCCCAAUAGUUCAAAUCAGAUCCCCUCGCCGUCUUCAUAUUUUGACGUCAGACCAAUCUCGCCAUUAGCAAUGUCUCUGCCUACCCAAACACCUGGUGAUCGUGCGAGGAUGAUUCUGAUGUCUCCAUCCCUCGCAUCCAUUGUCCAGAGUCCAGUCAGUCAACACGACUCUCGUCGGCCUUCUCUUGCGUCUCGUCGAAGCCAGUCUGUCUUGGACUUCCAAGCCCUUGCUAUUCCUCCUCCUGCAAGUAUACUCUCUCUCAGUUCUUCCAUUACUACAACUCAGCUUCCUACCUCAACCACUGUCCGUGCACUACUGACCGUCGAAAGCAGGCGUCCAAGUGUCUCGCGCGUCUCUAUCGCCUCUCCUCAGCUCCCCAGCUCCAGUAGUGUUGUAGAUGCACCACUACCUCCCUCCAAAUCUGGCAGUGGCCUUGCCCCUUCUACUUCUUCACCGUCACUUCGUCGCGUCGCUCGUCGGCAAUCAAUGUACGAAAUGAGGCCUUCCACACUAGAUCCUCCACCCUAUCAGCAGAUCUAUCAAACCCCGGGAGGAGUACAGCAAGUGAUUUUACCACGUGAGGAAGAAGGUCGAGAAGGCUUACCGAAUUAUACCUGUUUGGUACAUCUGGAAGGAUGGAUGCCACGUAAGAUGGAAUUCCGCUCACCAGGAAUUCAAGCCAAGGACCGAGCCUGGAAACGACAAUAUGUGAUCUUGCAUGGUACCAUGAUCCGGAUUUACAAAACCGACCCACACGCUCAACCUGUAUCUGGCGAAGGAGAUGUUUACCUCUCUGCUCCUCGUCAUGAACCUAUAUCGACACCUUCAAACCCGCUCCCUCUUCAUUUCCACAAAGGCCGAUAUGAGUCUGCUCCGUCAGGUUCCUUGAAGGAAGCUGCCCUCGCCAAGGUACCCACUCAGCACAACAGUCUUUUACGAGUCUAUACGUUACAAAAUGCUGAGUCGGGACUUGCAGCUGAUUACCUGAAACGAAAGAAUGUAGUGAGGGUGCGGGCUGAAGGCGAACAGUUUCUACUCCAAGCUAGAGAUGAUCGCGGUGUGAUUGAUUUGAUCGAAGCCCUACAAGCUGCCACCAACGUUUCCCUAGAUUUGGAUGUAAGGCCGUUGCCCAAAUUCAUCACACUGCCCAGAAGACGAAGAAGAAGACGUCAGACCACCAAUACCACGCAGCGAACCUCAACUUCACAGCAAGGUACUAGAAGCCGCAGAGCCGCCGCAAGUCUCGGAGCUGAGAUUGUGGAUGCCAUGAUACACGAGGCCAAUUCAGCAGGCGCAAGUGGGUCAACUAGACAUAGUUCAAGGUGGAGCAGUGGCCCGCCUCAGCAGGACCGAAUGGCAGAUAUGCUGGCGGAAGAACAGUAUCACUUUGAAGACCGCAGCGGUCAAUGGGAGGGGCCCGAAAGUUAG